AAAGCAAUUCUAGUUUUGUUUUGUUUUGUUUUUUUAAGGAGAGGUUUAAAGGGAAUUUGGAAAGGGGGACCAAAAUUAAAGGGGAAAAAAAACUUUAAAAGUUAAAGGAAAGGAGGAGAAAACUUUAAAGAGAAAAAUUGAAGAGGGAGCUAGUUUUUAUUUUUAAUUUUUUUUUUAAGAGGAGGAAAAAAAAUAAUUGAGGGAGAGAAAAAAAAAAUACUAAUUGCGAAGGGCUUGAUCCGGGAGAACAAUACUCGCCGGGAAAGUUGCUGCGCGGCGGGGAGGGAGCGGCGGGAGGAAAAUGCCGCAGCUGGGCAGCGGCGGCGGGGACGACCUGGGCGCCACGGACGAGAUGCUGGCCUUCAAGGACGAGGGCGAGCAGGAGGAGAAGAUCCCCGAGAACGCCUUCACCGAGCGCGACCUGGCCGACCUCAAGUCCUCGCUGGUGAACGAGUCGGAAGGCAGCGGCAGCCCGGCCGCGGCCGAUGCCGAGGCCCUCCGGCGAGUGCAGGAUCCGCAGAGGGUGUACCAGGAGAAGCUCCCGGACCACAUGGAUGAUGCAGGUAUGAAACAUCAGGACCCAGGGAUGUAUAAAGGAUCUGCCUAUUCUGGUUACCCUUUCCUGAUGCUCUCAGAUCCGUAUCUGCCCAAUGGAUCUAUGUCACCUCUGUCCAACAAAGUUCCCGUGGUGCAGCCGUCGCACGGAGUGCACCCGCUCACCCCGCUCAUCCCCUACAGCAACGAGCACUUCAGCCACGGCUCCCACUCCCCCCACCUGCCUGCUGACAUCAACCAGAAACAAGGAGUGCACCGUCCUUCGCAGACCUCAGACAUCCCUGGUUUCUACCCCCUGCCCCCCGGAGGAGUGGGGCAGAUCACGCCGUCGAUGGGAUGGCAGAGCCAGUCUGUCUAUCCGCUCCCGUCAUGUGGAUUUAGGCAGCCGUACUCGUCAGCGCUUUCUGCUGGGGCUUCUUUCUCCAGGUUCACUCACCCUCUGAUGCUGGGCUCUGGCAUGCACACCACCGGCAUCCCGCACCCCGCCAUCGUGCCCCACUCCGGCAAGCAAGAGAUGGAGCACUACGACAGAAACAUGAAACCUCAGCCAGAACCAAAGAGAGAGAAGGAAGCCAAGAAGCCCACUAUUAAGAAGCCCCUGAAUGCUUUCAUGUUGUAUAUGAAAGAAAUGCGGGCGAAAGUCAUCGCCGAGUGCACCCUGAAAGAGAGUGCUGCCAUCAACCAGAUCUUGGGCAGGAGGUGGCACGCGCUGUCCCGGGAGGAACAGGCCAAGUACUACGAACUGGCUCGCAAGGAACGGCAGCUCCACAUGCAGCUCUACCCCGGCUGGUCUGCCAGAGACAACUAUGGGAAGAAGAAGAGACGAACACGGGAAAAGCAGCAAGAUUCCAGCUCAGAUCCUGCCUCUCCUAAGAAAUGCAGAGCUCGCUUUGGCCUCAACCAACAAACGGACUGGUGCGGCCCGUGCAGGAGGAAAAAGAAGUGCAUUCGGUACCUACAAGGAGAAGGACGCUGUGCCAGCCCAGUUUCUUCCGAUGGAAGUGCUAUAGACUCCCCUCCAUCCCCACCGGACGCACUCCGAUGCAUCCCCUCCGCCUUCCCGUCCGAGCAGCUCGCAGCCCCCGCCGACCCCGCGCACCGCGACCAGCCCGACCCCUGCCCCGUGUCCGCGCACCUCCCGCCCGCCUCCGGCCCCUCCAGACCCGGCGCCCGGCGCUCCUCGGCGCCCCCCGCCUACAGCCGCGCCUCCUCGGGGACAUAGUCCCUGCCUGCCCCCGGACGAGGACCAGAGGCACAGCCAAAUCCCCAUCUCACUGUAAAACAUGCAAAGUUUGGCCACAGGAUGACUUAAGGAUGAUGGAAAACUCAUUUGGUUGGGGUUAUUUUGGAGGGGAGGGAUGAUAAAGAUAGAAAAGCAAUUAAAAAAAAAAAAAGGUAAAAAAUAAGUACUUGCCAAAAGUUAAAGUGCUGAUGAGUAAACAAGCCUUUUGUCCCUGCCCUGUGAUGCUUUUUUUUUGUUUGGGGGUUUGUUUUGGUUUCUUUUUUACUGUAUUAUCUCCAAGCGUGGCAGAGAGCAGAGCCACAUCCCCAGCUUGCUGCUGUAGGUGGUAGGUGCUGUCAGUCUAACCCGGGCUUCCACUCCCUGCCCUCCGAGCUGCUUCAAAGUGUAGUCACUCACAGAUCUCCCAUAGCCCUUACACCAAGGAGCUGGAAAAGCUGGAAUAGGAGAAUUUUUUUAAAAGCCCAGAUGUCUGAAAAGGAAACUAAGCGAUACCAGUGUUCUGAUCUGACAGGGUGAAACAGAAAUUAAAUAUUUAAAGCAAUGAGGUGAAUUUUUUGAACUUCUUGUUUGAGAACAGGAAGAUGUUUGCAGGUAACAGGUCCCAUUCCAUGGUUGUACAGCAAGGCAGAGGAAAAGGGAGCACCAGCCAGGCAAAGGAGCAUGGACUGGCUGCUGGAAGGGCUGCUGGUUGCUCAGGACACUGGGCAGGUGCAGCAUCUGUCCUCUGCAGAUGUCAGAGGGAUGGUCAGAAAUCCCACCAGACAGACUGGCCACAGCCUCACAAAUCAGUCUGUUGCUUUUGUAGGCUCUGAUCGAGCUCUGCAGCUGCACAGCAGUGAGCAGGGCAGGGCAUGUGGGAGCCAGCAGCCCCACUGGCCCAGGGCACAGACCCACACUGGCCCAGCAGGUCCCUCAGGGGGAGGUGUGAGCUCUCCUGGCAGCACAGCAGCACUCACUGCCCUGCUCUGUAGGCAUCUGUCUGUACAUACCCUCGGUGACAUAAGAACCCUCUUUGUCAUGAUUCAGUGUAGAACUUUUUAAAAAACCUUAUUCUAGCUUUUUCUAAAAGAUUCUCCCUCCACCCCAAUGAUGAUGCCAAAUGUUCAUGUAUUCUCUUCAGCUUUAAAAUGUUUAUCAGUUUCUGGUACUGUAUUUAUAUUUUGAGUUUGAUAAACAAAAAACACUGUGGAUGGAUUAUGAUCUCCAUGAACUGAUAUAAAUCCCAAAUAAUUCCAAGUUCUGGAUUUGCUUCAGGUUUACAGUCUUCUCACAGACCACAGUCUAGUCCAGUGCAGACUUUUUUUCCUGUUUGAAAAAAAUCUAUUCCAGACUGCUGAAGAGAAAAAUGACACCACACAGAGGUAGAGGGGGCACUAUUUUUUUCCUACUUGAUAGAUGGGUUUUGGAGUACUGAAUACAAAUUAUGUAGUAAUAUUAUUGUAGAACUGCAAGAAAUUUAAGAUGACCUUUAUAAUGUACAAACUAUUUUUAUAUUUUUUCUUAAUGCAAAAACACAAACCAUAAUUUUUUACAUUGGAUUAAACAUAACUUUUUAACCAACUUUAUGCCUCAAAGAUUUAAAAAUUAAAAAAAAAAAAAAAGCCAAACCUAACUAGUCUGUAGAGCAGCUUUGGCUUUAGUCCCUUUAUUUAGAUGGUUUUGCUUCUAGUAGUGUAGAUUUUUUAUUUUUGGUUUUAGUUUUGAAGAUUUAAACCUGUUUCUUUGUUCCUCUCCUGUUUAAAUGUAACUUCAGAAGCACUGACAGAAAGCUAUGUGCACAAACCUGACAAGUUUGCAAAGAGUCAUUUUGAAGUUUGAAUCAUUUUAACCCUUGGAGAAGUAGCAUUACCUGAUCCAAUGCGAACUGUACACUUUUGUACUGACUGCACUCAGAGGGUUAAUUACAUAGCACUAGAUCAAUAUGCAAUCUGCUCAUUUUAAAUUAUUUUAGCAAGCUUAGCCAACAGCAUGUUCUGGUGCUGAACAGAGGAACUCAGUAGACUUGCCAGACCUGAUAUGAUCUCUUUAAUCAUAUGAUUUUCAAACAAAAGAAACAGCUUUAAAAAUGGUUGUGUCUCAGCUCAUCAUUUGUCACUCUGAGACCCUCUGCUGUAAGGUGCUCUAAGUGUCACCUCCUGGAAACACCAGAGAUGACAGAGCAGCCACCACAGCCUGGUGUGCCCCAUCCUGGGUGUAAGGCUGGUGCAACUCAACACCCAACUGCUACUGCAUGGUUGGAUGACAGAUGGAACUUAGCAGCAAAGCAAAGGCAGGUAGAAAAGGCAGAUGUGUCUAAAUAACACCAGAGGAAAUUUCAGGGCAAGUCCUGAUCAGUAUUAAACUGGCCGAGGCACCCCCAGGACCUCCACCCGCCUAUUUCAAGGCUCCUCUGGCCCCUCCAUGGGGUGGAGUCCCUGCCUGGACCAGCAAAAGGCUCUCCUGCAUUACAGCCUCCUCUCACCACUGAAAUCCCACUGAUUCCUGCCAAAGCUCCUCAGUGACAGCGAACACCCCCUCUCCAGGAGCCCCUGCCUGUGCCCCCGUGGCACAGCAGCAUUUCCAGAGCCCCAGAGCUGGAGCAGUCACACUCAGCACUGUGUGCUCUGCUCUACACAUACAGGCCAGAGCUCACCCCGGGCUUCCACUGCUGCAGGAUAAACUCACAACACCCACCUGUGAUAAACUGCACCCAGUUUAUACUGGGGAAACUGAGAAAAUGUCAUUAUUUCUAUUCCAAAACACAGAAAAGAUACUGUUUGGCCACUCCUUUCCAAGACAAAACAGCAUGACUGACUUCUGUUCCAUGGCCCCAUGGCUGAUAACCAAUGCCAAAACAAAGUUAUUCAUACCAAAAAGGGUGUCUUUCAAACUGCCAUAUGAAGUGUUGCUAUUUUGUGUUAAUACUCUUUUUUAAUAAAAGGAAGACUUUGCCCUGAAGUUUUUAUCUCAACAAGAAAUUUUUUUUAGUUCUUUUACAGCAGUUUUAACUCUUCUUGAAAUACGUAUUUGAAUUCCUGGAAUCAGUCUGAAUGUAGAAGUCAUGGAAGUACCACUUCAUUAAAUCAAGUAAAACCACUGUAUGUAUGUAGCAGGGAUAAAUGUUUUGCAGCUGUACCUUCAUUUGUCCAAUGACUAUCCAUCAUUUGUUGUAAUUUUUUUACUUCACUGAGUUUGUAUUUUUUGGCUUUUAUGUUCAAAGUAUGUUUAUAGCUUUAUAAAUAAAGUAAUUGCCAGACUGGCUGUUCAAAAGAG